UAGCAACGUAUAAACAAUAACAAAACUUCAAAAGGAGUAAUUAUCGAAAAAUUGUUCCCUCUCCGAUGAAUUGUAAGAACAUCUAUAAGAUUAUAGAUAGACACUUGAUAGAAAGCAGUUUUCCUACUGACAGUCCAGGAAUCUCAAAAAUGCAAUAAUUAUGUUAGAAACAAAAGUUUUGAAGUUGUUAAAAGGCGACGCUUUAGAUGAAAAUGAAGAGUUAUGUGACUUCACUUUAGCCGAUCAAAACGAAGCUUGUGCGGCAAAGGGUGUUAUACCCAUAGGUCCUUCUGACUAUGUGCCAAUUAUUAAAAGUACAGUUACAUACAUUGUACUUGUUGUACUAGUCAACAGUGAUGAUGAAGUACUCAUGAUGCAAGAAGCUAAAAGUACUUGUGCUGGUCAAUGGUACUUACCUGCUGGUCGUGUGGAACCUGGGGAAGAUUUACAUGAGGCUGUUAAAAGAGAAUGCUUAGAAGAAACUGGAUUAGAAAUGGAACUUGAUACAUUAUUAUUGGUAGAAGUUGCAUCUAAAGCAUGGUUUCGUUUUAUUUUAACUGGAAAUAUCAUUGGUGGUCGUUUGAAAACACCUGGUCAAGCUGACCGUGAAUCUUUACAAGCCAAAUGGAUUAAAAAUAUUUCCGAGGUGACCCUUCGUUCAAAUGACAUAUUACCAUUAAUAGAACGUGGCCGAGCUUAUUGUACACAUAUAAAGAACAAAAUUCGUCAUCAAUGGCAUCCCAGAGUUUUACCUGCUGUUAAAGCUCAUAAAAAACUCUUGUUACGACUUCUUAUUUGUGCUAAAGAAAAAUCUGGGAACAAAUUGAAUGUGCUUGUAUCGGAAAAAACAGAAGCUCAUUUACCUAUGUGUGAAAUUAACCAUAAUCGAAACUUACAUUCAACAUUACGAAAAUUUAUGACUGAAAUAUUUGGUGCUGAUGUGGCACCUCAUAAACCUCAUGGUGUAUUAAGUGUCGAACAUUGUGGUAAACCGGAAACCACUAAUGAUGGUUUUUGUUUAUCAUUAUUAGUUACUUUUCAAUCACCAUUAGAAGAUGUUUUCCCUAUUGGAAAGUAUAAUUGGACAGCUGUAUCUCCAGAAUGUGCAGAUUUUAUUAAACAACGAACUAUAAGAAACAUGACUGUUCCCCUUAAAGUUAUAUGUUAAAAGGUAACAAAGAGUUGCCAUAAACAUGUUAUGCCCAUCAAACUAAAAGGUGCUUUAUCAUAGAUUUUAUUUUAUAGCUAUGUAUAUUUAAUA